AUGCCCAUGCCAAUGUUUCAACCAGCUCCUCCUCCACCGCCCAUGAUCAUGAUGGCGCCGCCGCCGCCACCUGUACCAGUCCCAGUUCCCUACCCGGUUCCAUUCCCUGUUAUAGUCACGAAGAAAACUACUACUACCACGACAACCCAAGCACCGAAUGAAGCUGACGGUGAUGGGAAUUGUGCAAUUGCAUUACCUUUGCCUUUCGGAUUCCCCAUGCCUUUCGUGUUACCACAAGCCACUCCUCCAAGGUUCUGCGCUGACAAACCGAGGCCGAAGCAAUGCCCACCCUGUCCACCGUGCGUGUGUGCUCCAAGCUGCACGCCUGCGUUUUAUUCGUUUUGCUCCCCGUGUCAUCAAAAGUGCAGAUGUAAAAGUAAUGGCGAUACUCCGAGGCCUGAGCCCCCUAGACCACCACCACCAGUUCCUAUAGUACCAGCACCCAUGCCGGUGUAUCCUAUGGUACCUCCAGCUCCAGGGCCUAUAUUCAUAUUCCCCUUGCCACCCGCUCUUCCUUUCAGACGUCCGCCGCGAAAAGUACCCAUUGAUUCGAAGAGCGAAACAAGUGAUUCAUCAGACAGUUCCUCUGGCACAGAUACAGAUUCUGAUAAAGAUUGGCAUCGGAGGAAAAUACGAAAAAUCAAAAAAAGCAAAAGACAUUUAGGUAACUACAGAAAGAACGCUAGAAGUUUCGAAACGAGUGAUGAUAUAGGGACAGUCGUACAUGAAACGAAGCUUGUAAAACCUAUGUUAUCCUACAUAAGCAAGCAAGGUAAAGUAAAGUUCGAAAAGAAGAUUAGCGAGGACGACGCUGCACAUUUGAUGGGGUCAGAAACAGAUAGAUCAAAAAGCGUUGAAUAUCCUAAAAAUAGUCGAAGUUUGUCAGUAAAUGGAUUACCUUUUGAUUACAAUCAGCUGCUGAUGCAACAACAAAUGCAACCUAACCUCCAGAAACCUACAAAUUUAAACAAUACUGUUGAAAACACUACAGCAUUUACAAAAAAACCUGGUGAAGUUAUGAAGCCUUGCUGUACUGCAGCUGGUUGCUUUAACAACUGCCCUUACCCUCUGAUACCUGUACCACCUGUACCACCUAUGCCACUUAUGUAUCCACCACCACCACAAGCACCAAUUGUGGUCCACGCGAGAACAUUCUUCGAGCCUGUGGAACACGACCAUCCGCCGCUCAAGGAUAUACAAAGAUUGAUCAGAAAAGACAGGAAGAAGUAUAAGCGCAAGCAUCAAUAUAGCUAUAGUGAUGAGACAGAUGAUAGUGAUUAUUACACGGAUACAGAUAGUGACAAUCGUUCUAGAGAUUUCGAUUAUAAUGGGCGUCAUAGAACUGUGAUACAUGUGAGAAGGCCAUAA